UGUACCAGGAAGAAGCCAGAGUGGAUUCGAGAAGAGCAAGAAACGGAACCAUGCUAUUGCAUCAUAUUUAUGGAAUAUUUGCAUUCCUCGGUGCAUAUCUGAUUUCCUUUCCACCAUCUUGCAAUGGAGGGAAUAUUCUAGUCUACCCUUUAGACGGCAGUCACUGGGUCAAUAUGAAGAUCCUGCUAGAAGAUCUUCAUGCCAGAGGACACAGCAUCACUGUGAUUAGAUCAUCCACUAGUUUGUACAUCACAGAAAAGUCUCCUCUCUACACUUCCAUUACAGUUCAAAUGGAUGGAGACACUGACAACUUUUUUGAUGAAUACCUAAAGGAGAAUAUAAGGGCACAGAGAGAGGGGGCCUCGCCACUUACUUUCUUCAAACUCACCAAGGAUUUCCUUUCAAUGAUUUCCCAGGCACAUUCACUGUCUUGUGAUAUCCUUCUUCAAGUCUUUAAUGAUGAAAAUAUGAUCAAAAGCUUAAUGGAUUCUCAAUUUGAUCUUGUUAUCACUGACCCAGCCUUAGGAUUAGGGGUUAUACUGGCCAAGUAUCUAAAACUGCCUGUGGUGCUCAAUGUUCGCUGGAUCACCAGUGGAGAAGGGCACUUUGCGAUAGCCCCCUCACCACUCUCUUACAUCCCAGCACCAGGAUCAGGCUUAACAGACAAAAUGAAUUUCAUGGAGCGAGUCAAGAACUUGUUUUUCCAUAGCGUUGUAAUGUUGCAGCAGAAAUUCAUGGUGGGACCAAACUAUGAUGCCAUCUGUGAUAAAUACAUCAAGGGUGGAUGUGACAUCAUGUCGCUUCUUCAGGAAGCAGACAUUUGGCUGUUCAGGUCAGAUUUCGUGUUUGAUUUCCCUCGGCCUACCAUGCCAAACAUUGUCUACAUAGGGGGGUUCCAGUGCAAACCAGCACAACCUCUGCCAGCUGACCUGGAGGAGUUUGUUCAGAGUGCUGGGGAGCAUGGAGUGAUCAUCAUGACUCUUGGAACUUUGGUUAAUGCUUUGCCCAAAGAGAUCUCAGAUGAAAUUGCCAGCGUCUUUGCCAAGAUGCCUCAGAAGGUGAUAUGGAGGCACAAAGGGGAACAACCCUCUACUUUGGGCAACAACACUCUGAUAGUGGACUGGAUGCCACAGAAGGACCUCCUGGGCCACCCACAGACCAAAGUCUUUGUAGCUCACGGAGGAACCAAUGGUGUUCAGGAGGCCAUUUACCACGGGGUCCCUGUGCUCGGCAUACCCUUGUUCUUCGACCAGUAUGACAACCUUCUUCGUCUGCAGGAUAGGGGAGCCGGAAAGAUCAUCCCGUUAGGUGAUGUUAACGGACACAGUUUUGAGCAAGGUCUUAUGGAAGUUCUUCAUCGAGACAGCUACAGACAGAACAUGCAAAGACUGUCACGUCUGCACAGAGAUCAGCCAAUGUCACCCAUGGAUCGGGCCAUCUUCUGGGUGGAAUAUGUGAUGCGCCAUAAAGGGGCUCCACAUCUGCGUACAGAGGCUUAUAAGAUGCCCUGGUACUCCUACUACUGUUUAGAUGUAAUGCUAGUAUUGCUGACUGCAGUGACUCUCCUGCUGCUCUCUGCUUUGGCUGUUUGCAAGUUUCUAUGCUGCAGAGGUAGAAGAAAGACCAAAGCCAAACAGCACUGAAGUCAGAUUUGUUACAAAAUAUACUACAGUGGGUUUUCUAAAACUCUGUAUAG